UUUGCAGGUACAAAGAAUUUGUUGGAUUAUGAUCUUGGAGCCAAGUUGGGAGAAGGUACUUUUGGGGUGGUUACGAAAGCUAAAGAAUUGGCCACGGGGAAGACUGUAGCAUUGAAGAAACUCAUCACUCAUAAUCCUAGAGACGGGGUGUCGGUCACGACGGUCAGAGAAAUUAAGAUCAUCAAAUCACUCACACAUCCCAACGUCGUCGACAUCAUGGAUAUGGUGGUGGAGCGAAAAAAUCCGAAUGAUCGUUCUGGUAGGGGAGAAGUUUUCAUGGUGUUCCCUUAUAUGGACCAUGACCUUUGUGGUCUACUCAACAAUCCCGAUUUCAAAAUGUCACAUUCGGUCGCCAAAUUGAUCCUCAAACAGAUGUUGGAAGGUAUCGCUUACAUCCACGCUAACAACUACAUCCACCGAGAUAUCAAAACUGCCAACAUACUGGUCGAUCGUAGAGGUGCCGUCAAGAUUGCCGACUUUGGCUUGGCGCGAGCUUGGACAGAAAACAAAUUACUUCCUGCUCACAAAGCCAAGGAGUAUACAAAUAUGGUAGUCACCAGAUGGUACAGAGCGCCGGAACUGUUGUUAGGAGAUAGACGAUAUGGUCCAGCUAUUGAUAUGUGGAGUAUGGGUUGUUGCCUUGGAGAAAUGUACCUCCGCAAUCCUAUCCUUCAAGGCGAAUCAGAUCGGGAUCAAUUAUAUAGGAUCUGUGCUCGUUGUGGACCCCUCAAUCAAAGCACGUUUCCAGGAUGGGAUCGAUUGCCCGGGUUUCCAGAUAGUCAAGGUCAUCCUUGGGAUCGGACACCUGCUGAGAUUAUGGAUCGAGGUGGUGCCGAUUUGAUGAUGCGUCUCUUGACUCUCAACCCCAAGAAAAGAUUGACCGCUGUGAAGGCUUUAGACCAUCCAUGGUUCUUCAUCUCUCCAUUACCGGCC